ACAAACAAUGUUUAUGACAUGAUAUUUAUCCGUGGCUUACCUGUUUGCAAUGUUUACUCCAUAUCGUGGGUUCUAAAUCUCGAACUACUGUUAUUUUUUCUUUUCUCUUUUUAGACUUUGUAUUUUCCACAUACAUGCAUUUGCAUUUUGUAAUUUCGAACGGCUUUGUAUCACUUAUUUUACGUCUUUAACAUGGGCAAAAAAAUUCUAACAGUACUAACAAGUAGUACACACAUGCAGAAGUUGACCUACCUCUCAAUGGUCCUCAUACAUGGACAGUGACGGAUGGAUGUAAAUCUUCAAGAUGCUUGGUUGAGAUCGAGUUUCGCAACAUUACUGAGGUAAAUCGCAUAUAUUUUUUCUUUUCUUUUUCUUCCUUAAAGUACAGAUGGUUAUUUGUCAACUUCUAAUAUUAGAAGAUUCUAAGUCAGCCCCUUAAAUUUCUUGUUCCGGAUACUCUUGAGCUCUACGGAUAUUGUCAGAGUAUAAGUUAGGGACUAAGACUAUUCGACAUCAUAGUUGAAGGACUUUUGUGAUGGUCUAGAGAUAAGAAUUGUACCUGACACAAAAUGAAGAGAUUCGAAGAUAACUUCCUCAUUCCUCUGACUGUGCAAAGAGAUGGAAAUCACGAGAUUAGCUCUGGCAAUAGAGAGAAAAAAGUCACAAUAGAGAAAUGAGGAAGACACAAAGUAACUUCACCACCGUCUAUGAGUAGUCUUUAGCAUAAAUUUGGCAAUUUUGAGAUUGAAUAAAAUACAAAAUAACAUAGAAAAACAGAACACCGACAAAUUCUACUAUAUAGCACCUGAGUCUGUCAGUGUGACUGAAUUUGGAUUUCAAAUUUUGUGCUUUAUUAGAUUUUAGGAUAAUUAUAAUGCUGUCAAAUUAUUUAAAAUAAGGUCCCUUUACCAAUUUAAUUUACAUCACAUGGAUGAUUGUACUUAAAGGCUAGAUUGCAUUGAGUUUAGAGAGAAUAUCCCUCAUAUAUGAAUCGGACCGAAUGUAUGUCAUCGCCCGCAUUUGCACAUCCUCACGGACAUCACCGUCAACGCGGCCGGCGGCAGCAUUGAACAAUGGAGCAGGAGGAUAUAUUACUGCUAGUGUGACGAUGCAGUUUUUCUUUCUGUAUUACAGUAUGGCAAAACAGAAUCAUUUUUGCGCUCUACACAAAUGAGGACGGCGUCAGUGGAGCAAGCCCAGUCUGGCGUCGCGCGCAUGCUACGGGAAGGCAUCCUCACGGACAUCACCGUCAACGCGGCCGGCGGCAGCAUGAGGGCCCACCGCGCCGUCCUGGCCGCGCGGUCGCCGGUGUUCCUGAGCAUGUUCUCGCACAACCUCAGGGAGAAGGAGCUCUCCACGGUGGACAUCUCCGACAUGUCCAUCGGCGCGUGCAAGGCCUUGGUCCGCUACCUCUACGGCGACGCCAGGUCCGAGUGGGAGCUGCUGGAGCACCGGAGCGAGCUCGUCGCCGCCGGCGACAAGUACGGCAUCGCCAACCUGAAGAAGGCCUGCGAGGAGAGCCUGCGGGAGGACGUGGGCGUGGAGAACAUGCUGGACAGGCUGCAGAUGGCGCACACCUACAGCCUGCCGGCGCUCAAGCGGACGUGCGUCAGGCUGCUCGUGGACUUCGGGAAGAUGUACGAGAUCCCCGAGGACUUCGAGGCGUUCAUGGCGGCUGCGGACCAGGAUCUUGCUGACGAGAUCCGCUCGACUGCGAUUCUCAGAGGGAGAAAGCUCGCGGCCAAGGAGAAGAAGCCUGCAGCUAAAAAGACUCGGCGCCCAAAGUCUACGCCUGGCAAGGCUUCAGGCAGCAGCAUUCCGGCUCGGAGGUCCAAAGUCCCGACGUCCACGCCUAAGCUGGAUGCAAGCAACACUGCGGCGGGUAAACGGGGCCGCCGGCGGAAGUCCACGUCAAGCCAGGAUCCCGAUGGCGGCGCUCCGGAUAAACGGGCCCGGCGGCUCAAUGUUCGCCUUGCAGGCGACGAGUGGGCCAAGUGAAUUGUGCCCGCUUCGUCAGUUACAAGAUUUCCAUUCUAGGUCUCGCACGUGUUUGCUCAAACGUGUGUGGAAGCGCUACAAUGUCGGGGCUUUGUAGGCGAUGAGUGGGCUAAAUGAGUACUGCAUUCCCGGUUCAUGAAUUGCAUAAGUAUAAUUUGUGUUGCCCAA